GCGGCGAGGCUCGCUCCGCCAGUCAAGGCAGCGCUGCCGGGGGAGGAGCUGGGGGGGGGGGGGCGGCGGCGGCGAUGGAGCCGGGCGAGCGGAGCCGGCGGGCGGCCUGAAGCCCCCCAACCCCCGGCGCCGGAGCCCACCCUGAGGAAUGAGCGCUUUCCAGGCAGACCUCCUCCUCCUCCUCCUCGGGUGCUUCCUGCUCAGCCACGAACUGGGGCUCCCAGGAAGAGGAUGCUGCCUAGUACUGGGGUUCAUGUACAAGGAGAAGUACCGCAGGAUGACUGAAGGUCAAGCAUCCUCCUUCACGCAGCAGCCCCAGGACCAGGUGGUGAUCGCCGGGCAGCCCGUGACGCUGCUCUGCGCCAUCCCCGAGUACAAUGGCAUCGUGCUGUGGAUCAAAGAUGGGCUCGCCCUCGGAGUCGGACGGGAUCUCUCGAGUUAUCCACGCUAUCUGGUCGUAGGAGACCAUCUGUCUGGAGAGCAUCACUUGAAAAUCCUGAGAGCUGAUCUCCAAGAUGACGCCGUCUACGAAUGUCAGGCCAUUCAGGCAGCCAUCCGAUCCAGACCUGCCCGGCUGACUGUUCUCGUUCCUCCAGAUGAUCCUGUCAUUAUGGGGGGGCCCAUCAUCAGCCUGAGAGCAGGAGACCCCCUCAACUUGACCUGCCACGCAGACAACGCCAAGCCAGCAGCCUCCAUCAUCUGGAUGAGGAAAGGAGAAGUCAUCAAUGGAGCCUCCUACUCUAAGACACUUCUCCGCGAUGGCAAGAGGGAGAGUAUCAUGAGCACCCUUUUCAUCGCCCCCUCCGACAUUGAGAACGGGGAGAGCAUCGUCUGCCGCGCCACCAACAAAGCCAUUCCCAGUGGGAAGGAGACCUCUGUCACCAUCGAUAUCCAGCACCCACCCCUGGUGAACUUGUCCGUGGAGCCGCAGCCGGUCCUAGAAGACAACACUGUGAAGUUCCACUGCUCCGCCAAGGCCAACCCUGCUGUCACCCAGUACAGGUGGGCAAAAAAAGGCCAGGUUAUAAAAGAAGCAUCUGGUGACUUCUACGAAACCAUCGUGGACCACACCUUCUUCUUCGAGCCCGUCUCCUGCGAGGUCACCAAUGCACUGGGCAGCACAAACAUCAGCAGGACCGUGGACGUCUACUUUGGGCCCAGGAUGGCGACAGAACCGCAGUCCCUCCUUGUUGACCUGGGCUCAGAUGCGGUCUUCAACUGUGCCUGGACCGGGAACCCAUCUCUCACCAUCGUCUGGAUGAAGCGGGGCUCAGGCGUGGUCUUGAGCAAUGAGAACAAGCUGACCCUGAAGUCUGUCCGCCAGGAAGAUGCUGGGAAAUACGUGUGCCGAGCUGUGGUCCCGCGGGUCGGAGCGGGGGAACGGGAGGUGACGCUCACUGUCAACGGGCCACCCAUCAUCUCCAGCACCCAGACACAGCACGCCCUGCACGGCCAGAAAGGGCAGAUCAAGUGCUUCAUCCGCAGCACCCCGCCACCAGACCGAAUUGCUUGGUCCUGGAAGGAGAACGUCCUGGAGUCUGGGACCUCUGGGCGCUACACGGUGGAGACGGUCAGCACGGAUGAAGGCGUCAUCUCCACGUUGACCAUCAGCAACAUCGUCCGGGCCGAUUUCCAAACCAUUUACAACUGCACUGCCUGGAACAGCUUCGGCUCCGACACGGAGAUCAUCCGGCUCAAAGAGCAAGGUACGGAAAUGAAAUCAGGAGCUGGUAUUCAAGCAGAGGCGGUGCCGAUGGCGGUGAUCAUCGGAGUGGCCGUGGGGGCCGGCGUGGCGUUCCUGGUGUUGAUGGCCACCAUCGUCGCCUUCUGCUGCGCCCGCUCCCAGAGGAAUCUCAAAGGUGUGGUUUCUGCCAAGAACGAUAUCCGCGUGGAGAUCGUACACAAGGAGCCAGCCUCGGGCAGGGAGACGGAGGAGCACCCAACCAUCAAGCAGCUGAUGACUUGUAAGCAUGAGUACGCCCUGCCUGCAAAAGCUGUGCAGUGAAUUACUGGUGGAAAAGCAAGGCUGAGCAACGUCGGGUGGGCAGAAUCGAGGUCUGCUGAUGCUCGUAGACAGCAAGGGAGCCUCGAAAUGGGAAGACAGGAGGAGAUGGAGAUCUGGUGUCUUAUCCCAGCAGCCAGCUUUGCCCUGAGGAGCCUGCAGAUCCACGGAGGGAUUUGCAAGGCUUCUCUCGGUAAGCUGGGACUCGGGUUUGGAGCAGUCUGCUGAGAUGAAGGGGAAUGAGGAGCUUCCUCUCCAUAGGACCCUGUACCACCAUCUGUAUAGACAGUAAUCAACAGCGCCAAGCCCAGAUCUGGCUUCCAGAGGAGGGAUCAGCCCAAACACCACUCAAGACCUUAACCACCAAGCUGGAAGCACGCACAAAGCCUCAGCAGAGGAAAACUACAAGGAAUAUUUAUCCCCUGAGAAGUAAAUGAGGAAGAGGACGGUCGUGGGACGUCAGGCACAAGAUCUUGCAAGACAUUGGAUGCUGGGUGGAUUUGGCACCAGCCGGGACAUCCAGCCUGGCAGGGAGAAGACAUCAAAGCUCCCUCCCCUGCCUGGACCGGAGCCUCUGCAUCCUCAUUGCCCUUGGCAAGAGCAUUUCCAGCAAAUACUUCUCGAUUUCUUCUCUCCUCAGAGUCCCUGGGGACCCUCGCUCUCCCUCAUGCCCCUCCUUGCCGUUUGUGAGCAUCCUUCUCCGGCCAACAGCCACCCAGGCUCCCGAUGCUAAACAGAUUCCUAAUAAGAGGCUCAGAGUUUGUCAAUGAAACGAUGGCUCAAGUUAAAAAAAUUCAUCCUUGCUAACGAGCAGUGAUGAGACCUCUCCAGCAGGAGCAGGGGGGCAAUGCACAGCACCCCUUGCUUGCUCCCUACCCUCACCCCAAGACUUCCCUGCUCUCCCUCCUCCCCUUACCAGCAUUAUUUCCCCCCGCUGCUUCUCCAUUUGCCUGCUCUAAGCUUCUUAGGAUGUUUCCAGCCCCGAUGACAUCCUUUGAAACGAUCUCCUUGCCCUCCACAAUGUUCAUAACACCUUGCAGUUUAAAACAUCAACUGCGAAUUUCGUUAACGUGCUGGGUGCUUGCGCCGAGAGAUCAUUAGCGCGGGUGUUAACGAGAAGCAGGCCACGCUUGCAAACGGCUCCCCCCUCCGCUCGACACGUUGCUGCUUGGCACCAGCCUUUUCACUCCCCACCCCAGACCCUUGGCCGAGCCCCUGAGGGGCCAGCACAGCCCCAGCUGCUCCUGCCAAGCUUCGGGAGCAGAGAUUUCUCGGUUUCCCGCGGUGGCUCUGCCUCGCCGGAGCGUUUGUGGCUGCACAGUGCCAGCCUGACUCUUCUUUGCCCGCCCCCUAAACGCUCUUGCAUUUGUUAUUCUCCAGCCAUCUGUGACCUCCGCGGCUCCCCGUGCUUUUUCACAAAUAAUUAUUCAUGCAUCUAUAAAUUCAUUAACACCUUAGGAUACACGUCAUGCUGUCUGAUUUGCAUAUGUUCACAUUGUCUCAGCGCCGUCUCCCCCCCCCCCCCCCCGCCCCCGUUAGCUGUUCUGCCAGGAGCUGCCUACGGGCAGGGGAAAGGCUGCCAGCCCGCGGGGGCCAGAAAGCAAACAGCAGCCAGUGGCUGGAGGGAAAAGAGCCCGUUAAAAGGUCUGAUCUUGGAGAAAAGAAAUCACACCGGCAGCUUUCUCUCUCUUGUCAGGGUACAUUGCAUCAGCACGCCAAUUCGGGCGAGCCUGGUUUGUGAUCAGGGGGUUGAAGGGCAACGUCAGCUCGGAGGUGGCAUAACCUCCUCUGUUAUCACGGCUGGGUUUUAUUCCUGGCUGAUUGAACCCUGGGCCUCAGUCUCCCCAUCUGUGAAAUGGGGCUUAAUGAGCCUAAAGGAGCCAUCCCCGCAGCCCGGAGCAGUCGUGAUAGAGACCAUCCCAAAGUGACCAGCAGGCAAGAGCAUCCCAAGUCAAAGGGGAGCCAGUGUGACCCAGGCAUCGCCUUUGGUUCAUAUUCAGGAUAGAACAGGCAAAAUAACUCACCCAGUGCCCAGGCGGAUCAUCUUUUCCUUGCUCACCUUUUUUUCUUGUCUCCGUCUUGAAACCCAUCCCUCUGCUCCAGGGGCUCUUCCCAGUUUGUUCACAGCUCGACGUGUUUUCCACUCAGCAGCUCAGCUCAGA